AAUCUCUCUUUGUAGACAGACAAUCUGUUCAUAACUUGCAGCAAAUAGACAAAGACAGGACACAGUCUGAUCUGACGAUUGCAAUACUUUCGUUAUAUAUAUUUCGUUAAGCCUCUAUCUGUGUUUAUUUUUGUGACAUUCUUUUAGUGAUAAACGUUUAAUAAUUCCUGAAUUAUCUAUCAAGAGGACUUUGACCACAAAACUUUGUUUUUAACUCCUACUGCUUCCUUUGUUUACAGCUGUAAGCUUUGUGAAGGUGGAAUCCUGUAUAUAGAAUUUGUUUUUUAGUAUAAAUAUAUAGAUACAUCGUACCAAGAUGUUUAAUGAUUUAAAUGAUUAAGAUGAAGGUACUAGGUGAUGUCUUUUAAUUAUGGACUACCGGGAAGUUCCAAGCUAGCUCAACCAGUAUGGAAUCUUAAAGAAUCUAACAUUAAUGAUGGCGGAGGUGAAACUGGUGACUGUGCAUGCAAGCAUCCGGCCAGAAGUAAUUUUACAGUUGAAGAUUUAUCAUACAGUUUCAUCUGCUCUGAGUUAGCACCAAUCCUGGACCAAAAUACAACUUGUAACGUUUUAGUCCUAUCAAGAGCAAUGAAAUUUCAAAAAGAUUCCAUUGCAUACCUUGAAAAAUGUUUUUAUCGUGAUGGUGCAUGGGCAAGUGAUUUCUUGGCAACCUUAGUUGCUGAAAAGCCAGAUGUUACCAUAUAUGCUCUAAAACAGUGUUUGAAUCAAGAGGGCGUACCAAAAGAAGCAGUUGACACAAUAGCUUCGUAUGAUAACGUAAAUAUAAUUGACGACAUAUUGCCAUUACAUUUGGAUGAGUUAGCCUCAAAGCUGACAACACGAGAAAGUACCGAGUUGGGUUGGGAAUUCGUGGCAAAGUCGUUCGGCUAUGAGGAACAAAUUCAUUCAUUUAAGUCUUUACAAUUGAAUUUUGAAAGUCCCACAAUGGAAUUAAUAAACUUAAUAAAAACGCAAAGACCUGGAAUGAGAGUUGUUGAGGUGAUUCGCCUUUUGAAGCUAAUCAAUAACAACGAUGCUGUCAAAGCCUUGGAAGCGCAGUUACCUAAAAUAUAACAGCAGUCACCGUAGAGUUAGAAAAAACCAUCACGCUACACGUUUUCUUUUUUAAAGCAACUCCAAUGUUCAUUUCAGCCUCAAGUUGCUAAGUAGUUGCUGACAGGGGAAGUCAUGAAAGUAGCUAUGCAUACGAAUUAUGAGGAGAAUAGCGAGGAAGUGCGGGACGGUAUUACAUAUAAUUAAGACUUUUUGAACAACUGCUGGACAAUUUUGUUUUUAUUAUGUUAAGGAGUAUUUUGAAUGCAUUGUUUUGUCUUAAA